ACUCGUAUGUGGCAAGUUUCAACCUAGCAGCCGAAUGUAUUAUACACGAAUGAACUUAACGAAUUACUUUAUCAGUACUGAUAACGUUCGAACUAGUUGGCAGAAUUUUAUAAGAUUAGAAAAAGAAAAAAGAAUUUUUUGAUAGUAUAUUGAAAUGGCAACUGACAAUAACAGACGCGUCGCAUUAAUUACUGGUAUUACUGGACAAGAUGGUUCCUAUUUAGCAGAAUUUUUAUUAGAAAAAGGAUAUGAUGUACAUGGUAUAAUUAGACGAGCUAGUUCCUUUAAUACUACUCGAAUUCAGCAUCUCUUUGCAGAUCCAAAAUGUCAUCGUCAAGGAAAAAUGAAGCUUCAUUAUGGUGACAUGACAGAUUCUAGCAGUUUAGUUAAAGUCAUUAGUUCUGUGAAACCAACAGAAAUUUACAAUCUUGCUGCUCAGAGUCAUGUUAUGGUAAGUUUUGAAGUAAGUGAAUACACUGCUGAAGUAGAUGCAGUAGGAACUGUUAGAUUAUUAGAUGCAAUACGUACCUGUGGCCUUGAAACAUCUGUAAAAUUUUAUCAUGCAUCAACAUCUGAACUUUAUGGCAGGGUAACUCAAGUACCUCAAAAUGAAAAGACAUCAUUUUAUCCCCGUUCACCAUAUGCUUGUGCAAAGUUGUAUAGCUUUUGGAUUGUAGUAAACUAUAGGGAAGCCUAUAACAUGUUUGCAUGUAAUGGUAUAUUGUUUAAUCAUGAAAGUCCUCGUAGGGGAGAGAAUUUUGUUACAAGGAAAGUGACUAGAUCUAUAGCAAAAAUACAAUUAGGUUUACAAGAUUUUCUUGAACUUGGAAAUUUAGAUGCUAAACGGGAUUGGGGACAUGCAAAAGAUUAUGUUGAAGCAAUGUGGUUGAUGUUGCAACAACCAACUCCAGAUGAUUAUGUUAUAGCAACAGGAGAAACACAUAGUGUUAGGGAAUUUGUAGAAGCAGCAUUUCAAUAUGUAGGACGUACUAUUAAAUGGGAAGGUGAAGGUGUAAAUGAAACAGGGCAGGAUGCACAAACAGGACAAGUAUUAGUUAGAGUAAAUCCUAAAUAUUUCCGUCCAACAGAAGUAGAUGUUCUUUUGGGUGAUGCUACCAAAGCAAAAAAAGAAAUUGGUUGGAAACCUACCAUUACAUUUGAGGGUCUUGUAAAGGAUAUGAUGGAUACUGAUUUAGAACUCAUGAGAAAAAAUCCAACUGCUUAAAGUUAUUUUUCAU